CUACUUUUUCUCAACUCAGGGUUAAUGCGACUUAAAUUUAAAGUAGCUAUACAAAUGCUACAUGACUCAGAAAAAUAUGGUGACAAUUUAUUGUUAUAUUGUUGAAAAUGAUAUUUGCCCAAAUGUCAUAGCUUUUAUCAAUUAACUGUUGCUUGGUCUAACUGUUGCUUGUUGGUUGCCGGACAAAAUUGUUGAGACAAAAUACAAUUUCUGCAAUUUUCUACUUUACAUCGCCCCUAUACAUUCGAAUCCCCCCUUUCCCCCCGAAUCAAUGUUGGAUUUGUAAUUCUACCAUUUCUCCUUCAAAAUCAUGCAUUCGACAUUGAAUUGGGGGAGGGGGAAAAGUUAUUUUUGAAAGGGAAGUGAAAAUAUAAGCUUUUCUUGACAAGUCUGAACCAUUUUGUCCGGGAUUGUAGUUUCGUUCAUAAGGGGGUUAAAUGGAUCUUUACCCCCUUAUCUCUGAAAUAACAGGUACUGCAACACAAAGACCAAAAUAAAACUUUUUGUUUGGGGGGGGGGGCCACUAUCAACUAUGGCAAUAGAUGUAUAAACAGUAAAAUGACUCUAAUAAUAAGAAAAAUAUGAUUUUGAGAAUUAAAAAAUGUUUGAUUUUUGGACUGCAAACUUAUCACAAGUUUUGAUGCUAAUUUUCACCCAAUGUGAAACUUAUGCUAAAGAUAUGUCAGCCACACACUAUUUCUGCACCUUUUCAUAAGAAACACCCCUCUUUCCAUAUUCUAUGUUCUGGAUGAGAGUCAAAUGUAUGACCCUUUAUCAGAGAUUUUUGGAACUCACAUAGUUUAUAGGGCCAUUUGGAAGUGAAACUGCCAGGAGCACUGUUGAAUUUCUCGUACAAAAUGGAAGAAGCCAUAUUUUUCCCAAACACAUUCCUGGACUAAUAGAAUGCCCCCGGAAGAGCUUUUGUUCUCUUGAAAGUGAAUGGGUAUGAAGUUACACUAUUGGAAGCAGGCCAGAUGAAAAGUGCUGAAAAUCCAGUCACAGAUGAAAAGAUGGCUAUUUCUUUUAAAACUCUUGAUGGCAUUAUUCCCAAGCUGGGGAUGUUUCAAAAAGUUGUAAAAGCUUUGAGAGAUGAUAUUUUUGAGGGUGUUUACAGCAGAGAGUAUACAGUCACGAACAAGCAAACAGGGAAGAGUCAAUCAAUACAAAGAAUACCCUAUUUCACGCUACUUUUUAGGAUACACGAACAGAGAAACGAAAAAGCUGAAGAGCUUCUUGCAAAUAUAAGAAAACUUGAAGAGAGGUGCAUGGAUUUCGAGUCAUUAAUCAGUGAAAAAGAAGCUCAGAUAUCAUUGCGUAUUGAAGCAGAGGAAAAAUUGAAACAGAAAAUUUCUGCUCUGCAGUUGGAACUUAGAUCAGAGAAAGACGAAGUCAAAAAAUCGCAGGGAACAAUCGAAAAAUUAAAAAACGACAAGAAAUGUAUGGAGGAAUCAAACGAAAAGAAAAUAAGUGAUCUAAAGAUUGAGCUUGAUUCAUGCGUCGAAGAGUCAAAGAAUUUACGUGUUUACAAAACCGGCUACGACAAGCUGAAAGACACCUUUGAGAAUCCUCACCUGACCUUGAAAGAAUCAGACACGGGUUCUAUAAAGUCAAGUCAAAGUAAGGAGAUUACCGCAGGCUAUCGCUAUGAUCAAAUAAAAAAAGAUUUGUCUGUAAUGGAAACGUUGGAAGAACAGCUAUACAUGGUUAGAAACUGCGUGAUUCAAGAAUACGACGAUUUUAUGGAAAAUAACAAGAAACAGUAUGAACUGCCAGACGAUUCUUCAGCCUUUUUAAAGGAGCUCAGAUCAUUUAAAGACGACAAUGAGAUAGAGAGGGAAAGUCAAGAGCUUGUGAGAACACAGAAGGCAUUUGCAAAUACAAUGGUGGACAUAAACGAAGAAGUCAAGCUCCUUCUGCAGAAUCAACAGGCCCUUCAAGCUGAACUGAGUCGCAUUGAAAAGAACGAGUCCAAUCGCGUUGAAGCAAAAAAAAAAUACAAAGAAGAAAACUCUAGUGCUGACAACAGUGCGUCAUUAGAGGAACUUGACUUGGUGGAAAUAAUGACUGGCAACACAGAAGACCCAUUUGUCCCACACGAGAACAUUCUAAACAAAUAUUCCUGCAUGAUUUACACCUCCUGCAAUGAAGGCAAGACUUUCUACGAGAUUCCUGAAACACGUGUAUGCGAUGGUUGUGGAGUGAAGACACUUAUUUGUCCUCAUGCUGUAACAGACAGGGAAAGAAUAUUUUCAUUGCCUAAAAACUGCACUCAUAUCAAGGUUGUAAGGCCAAGAAUAAAAAUCUCUAGAAAGAUGAGAAGAAAAAAGUCCCAAGCGAAGAAGCUUACUGUUAGUGAAAACAAUGUGCUGCCAAGAUUGAAGUUUAUCUGGGAAGACUAUUAUCUCAGAACAUCGGUGGAAAGAAAAGUUUACAGAUCCCUAACAGAGGAAUAUAUUUUGUCAAUUGUGAACCAGUUUUAUGCGCUAAUGAUAUGGCAAGAUGAAUACCAGCCAAUGGAAGAAAACCCAAUCUCUAUUUUGGAAUCGUUCUACAAAUUUUUGCAAGAUCGCUUCAUCCUGGAAGAUGUGAUUUUCAUUGUAUUUUAUGAUAUUCUGACAGCCGUGGGAAAAUACGCUGCAACUAACAAGCAAAUCCAUCUCUUCGCUGCCUGCCUUGAUGGCACGGUUGAUGCUGCAGUAUUUCGCUACGUUCUUCUGAUGGCUGAGUUCAUCAGUUCCUUUGAAUGGAUCCAAAUGCAGGAUUUCUCAAGCUUUGCUGCUAUAGUUUAUCCAUUCUUACAGGAAGACGAUUUUGAACAAUUGAGAAUGGGUUAUACAUCAUUCAGCGAAAACAAAGUUUCAUCUGGCCUUGUUUUCCAAUACUUGUUGUACGUUAUUUUAAAUGGGAGGGAACCAAGAUUUAUGGAGUUUGAAGUUAAGUUACUGCAGUGCCCUGUCCGAAAGCCAGGCUAUUUUACGGAUAUAGAAUUCGUAGAGGCAUUGGAUUCACUUGUUCCUUUGGCAUCAGAAAGGCUGCUGCAUCGCCUUUUUAGCCAGGCAGUAAGACAUUUUCCCGGUGAUGAUGAAACGAUUCACGUAUCACGGGUGUCACAUCUAACAAGCUAUUUAGCUUUGAUUCACAACACUCCAAGAAUACGAAAUGCCAUCAAACAAUGGAAGAUGGAUAACAAAAAACUUGUUUCAGAACAGCAAGACAAUGAACAGAGAUGGAGAUUCAAGCAACCCAAGAAUUAUUUCGGUUUUAUGACUUUGUCAAAGAUAAAAGCCCUUGGAAUGGAAAUGGGGAGAAGAGCCAGAGCAAGAAAAGCACAGGAGGAACAAGAAAAACUAGCUGAUUACAUCACUGAUUCAUUCGCUGAGGGCGCUUCUACUCCCGAAAUAGUUUGACAGAAAACGGUACAGUCAGCGAUCUUUGUUGAAGCAACGUGUCUAUUUUAAUUUUGCAAUGACUGACACAGAUAAACAUUAAGUAUAUGAAAACCAUUAUAUUACGUCAGGUCACGGCACCAUUUGGUUACCAAACGUGCCAUUACAUGUUUUGCUCUGUAUUUGGUCUGUAUUUUCAUUUCGCACUUUAAUUACAUUUUUGUAACUUUUA